AUGAGCCUUGUUCGUCAAAAUUUUCACGAAGAAUGUGAAGCAGGUAUUAACCGACAAAUAAAUAUGGAACUUUAUGCCAGUUAUCUCUAUCUGGCUAUGUCCCACCAUUUCGAUAGAGAAGAUGUAGCUCUCCCUGGCUUCAAGAAAUUUUUCGCCAAACAGUCCGAAGAAGAGCGCGAACAUGCUAUCAAGCUAAUGAAAUAUCAAUGCAAGAGAGGCGGACGCAUUGUCUAUCAAGACAUUGCUAAGCCCCAGAAAUCUGAAUGGGCCAGUGGCCUAGAAGCCAUGGAAACAGCUCUGAAAAUCGAACGUGAAGUUAACGACUCCCUUCUUGCUUUACAUGAUGUUGCCACAAAACAUAAUGACAGUCAGUUCUGCGAUUUCCUUGAGGCUGAAUACCUGGAAGAACAAGUGGAUUCAAUCAAGGAAUUCGCCGAUUUUGUCACCAAUCUACGACGCGUUGGUCCUGGCUUGGGAGAGUAUAUCUUCGACAAAGAGACUCUUCAUGGCGAAGAGAACUAA